UAAACUACUUGAAUAAAAAAAAAAGUGAGUUGGAGGCGUCGACGAUGAAGCUUUCCAUGGUGUGAAGGCCAUUUUAGGGUUAAGCUUUGAGUGAAAUGGCGGCGGCGUCGCUGAGUUCUGCCACCGUCACCGCCACCGCCGCCUUCAUCGACACCAACCUCGAUACACACUUGGCAGUCGACGUUUUUGACCACGACACCGCCUCCGACCUCAAAAAGAGAAUCGAGUCAGAACACCGUUCAUGCUUUCCGGAAUUUGGGCACAUACAUGUUCAUGGGAUUAAGGUUAAGCGCAAGGGGUACUCUUAUCAGCUAGCAGAUUCCAUGUGUGUGAGAAAUGCCUUUAGUGGUUUCAAAAAGAGCUGGUACAUUAGUGUUCAGGUUUCUGCAUUAGGGGAUCAAUUGAUUCCUCAUGGUUCUCCUAACCAGGUGGUGUGUCAUGGCGUUGCGGAAAAUGCUUUAGUCUGUCAUGCUGAUAAUUCUGCGUCCAAAAGGGUGUCUAGCCUUGAUAAUUUGCAGUUGCUUCAGUCAGAGAACAAGCUGGAUGAGGGUGGAGGAAUUCAUAAUGUCAGACCCUGUGUUUCAGAACAGACUGGCGAAGGAGAUGUAAAAAAUUUGGAGAAAUCAGCUGGCAAUAAUGAAGAUGGUAUUCCAGUGCAUGGUUCGAUUCCAGAGGCAGAGGAGCGUGGCUUUGUAAAUCAUGAAGUUCUUCCAAGUUCUUCCGGUACAGGCAUUAAGGAUGUUUGCGACGUACGUGAGGAUGAUCUGUCAAUAUCUGUGCCAAGUUCAAAGACAAAACAGAAGCGCAAAAGGACAAGAGAAGAUGCAGUACCUGGUGAUAAUUCAAAAGAUAAUGAUGAGCUUCCAAAUUUGCAUAUUGAAUGUGCUGUAGUUGGAUCCAAUAAAGGCAUUAAGGAGGAUUCUAUUGAACUUGAUGAAGGGAUGUGUAAAACUGCUCCAGCUACAAAGAAAAGAAAAAAAAGUAAAAGGAAAAAAGAGGACACAGUGCAGUAUGAAAAUGAAGAUAAUAUUGCCUCUGUUGAUACUCCUCCCAGUAUGAACAAUUCACAGGUGCCUCUGUUGGAGAAAAAGCUGGAUAGAAAUGAAGAAGUUCCGGUUGUUGGAAAAGUUGUCAAAAAUUUGGAGAUUGAUGUAAAAUCCUCUGGCAACAAUGAUCCUGGCAUUUCAUUAACCAGUUCACUUCCUGAGGCACAGGUCAAUUGCUGCGUAAAUCAUGAGCUUCCAAAUUCACAUAUUGAAUGUGCUGUAGAUGGAUCCGAUAAAGGCAUUAAGGAGGAUUCUAUUGUACCUGAUGAAGGGAUGUGUAAAACUGCUCCAGCUACAAAGAAAAGAAAAAAAAGUAAAAGGAAAAAAGAGGACACAGUGCAGUAUGAAAAUGAAGAUAACAUGACAUCCAGUAUGAACAAUUCACAGGUGCCUCUGUUGGAGAAAAAACAGGAUGAAAAUGAAGAAGUUCCGGUUGUUGGAAAAGUUGUCAAAAAUUUGCAGAUUGAUGUAAAAUCCUCUGGCAACAAUGAUCUUGGCAUUUCAUUAACCAGCUCACUUCCUGAGACACGGGACAAUUGCUGCGUAAAUCAUGAGCUUCCAAAUUCACAUAUUGAAUGUGCUGUAGAUGGACCCAAUAAAGGCAUUAAGGAGGAUUCUAUUGUACCUGAUGAAGGGAUGUGUACAACUGCUCCAGCUACAAAGAAAAGAAAAAAAAGUAAAAGGAAAAAAGAGGACACAGUGCAGUAUGAAAAUGAAGAUAACAUUGCCUCUGUUGAUAAUCCUCCCAGUAGAUCAUCCAAAAAGACAUCUAGUAUGAACAAUUCACAUGUGCCUCUGUUGGUGAAAAAGCAGGACGAAAAUGAAGAAGUUCCGGUUGUUGGAAAAGUUGUCAAAAAUUUGGAGAUUGAUGUAAAAUCCUCUGGCAACAAUGAUCCUGGUAUUUCAUUAACCAGCUCACUUCCUGAGACACGGGACAGUUGCUGCGUAAAUCAUGAGCUUCCAAAUUCACAUAUUGAAUGUGCUGUAGAUGGAUCCAAUAAAGGCAUCAAAGAGGAUUCUAUUGUACCUGAUGACGGGAUUUGUAAAACUGCUCUAGCUACAAAGAAAAGACAUAAAAGUAAAAGGGAAAAAGAGGACACAGUGCAGGGUGAUAAUUCAAAAGAUAACAUUGCCUCUGUUGAUAAUCCUCCCAGAAGUCCAUCCAGUAUGAACAAUUCACAAGUGCCUCUGUUGGAGAAAAAACAGGAUGAAAAUGAAGAAGUUCCGGUUGUUGGAAAUGUUGUAAAAAAAUUGGAGAUUGAUGUAAAAUCCUCUGGCAACAAUGAUCCUGACAUUUCAUUCACCCGCUCACUACCUGAGACUCGGGACAAUUGCUGCGUAAAUCAUGAGCUUCCAAAUUCACAUAUUGAAUGUGUUGUAGAUGGAUCCAAUAAAGGCAUUAAGGAGGGUUCUGUUGUACCUGAUGAAGGGAUGUGUAAAACUCCACCAGCUACAAAGAAAAGACAAAAAAGUAAAAGGGAAAAAGAGGACACAGUGCAGGGUGAUAAUACAAAAGAUAACAUUACUUCUGUUGAUAAUCCUCUCAGCAGUCCACCCCAAAGGGCAUCCAGUUUAAAAAAUUUCCACAUGCCUCAAUUGGAGAACAAACAAACUGUGGGAGCUGAGGAAGAAUGUGAUGUACCCAAGAUUCACCCUGAUAAGAAGGUACAUAAGGUACACAAGACAAGACAAGAUGCAAAGAUGUCUAGUCCGUCCGACAGUGCCAUGUCCUCAGUCAAAGUAAAUAGCAAACCUCGUAAGAGUGCUUCUGGGGAAAGUAUGGAUUUGGACAAACGAAGAGAACACUUGCUUAUAUCAAACUCAAAGUUGGAAAGUUCGAACAAAAUGGUUAAAGACAAAGCAGGAAAGGCUUCUGGGAAUAAUGUUUGGGGAGUUGUGAGUAACAUACAGCAGAGGAAGAGCUUAUUAGCUGGAGGAAUUUUCAAGGAUGAUAAUAGCUGGACCUCCCAAGAUGAAGCUGAUAAUUCUGAUGUCAGCACUAGAACUCGAUCAGAUAAUUCACUCAUGUCUGAUUCCUCAGAUGGGGAUAGCAGCUCAGAUCUGGAUUCACAACAUGGAGCGUAUGGUGGGGAUAGGAUGGAAAAUGGUGGAGGACCUUCCUUAAAAGCAAGUUUGUCAAGCACAAAAGGCAUGCCAAUUGAGUUGCUUCUUAAAAGCUCAAGCAUGUUCAAGAAGGCUAAAAUAAGAACGUCUCAAUUGGAUGAAACCGAAUCCCAGCCGGAGUUUGUUCCAGACAGCCUUGCUGACUAGGAGUCAAGUUAAUCAUAACAAUGCAGUAGAGAUAUGAUCAGUUGCAUUGAUCAAAGUUGUCUAGAACUGAAGCAUGCCUAUGUUAUGUCUUAAUUUUUUUUCCCUAAAUAAGGUCAUAUGCAGCAUAUUGCGGCUCUUUAGUCUAAGGCAUUUUGUUUUACAUUUGCCAUUACAAGAAUUUAAAUUACAGCGAACUGUGUUAUCUUGGAAGCAUUUAAGCAUCCACGUUUUGAGUGAUAUGAUAGUAUGAAGGUAAUUGUUGGAAAUGAACUUAAAAAUGAAUGGAGAAAGUAAUAGAGGAGGGAAGGUUUUGUUGACGCUGCAUGCCUACAACAUUGAACACCUCUGAUUUGUUGUUCAAUGCACAAUGCGAUAUGUCCUGCCCAAAAUCAUCACAAAUUGUUGAAACUGUUAUUUGAAUGGAUGAGGAUCUUCAUGUGUUUUUCAUUGACA